AUGCUCCUCAUUAUACUGUGUUGUGCCGAAUUCGAAAAAAAGAACAAGAAAAACUGCGGUAGAAAGAGGAAAUCUGUCCAAUCUAACCCUCAGGCUAAACCAGUUAAACGCCAGUUGAAGAAAAUCAAAACGGAAUCAAGGACAGAUGAGACUGUUCAAGUCACAGAACCCCCACCUCAUGUUCCUGUCCAUGUGCCUUUGUCUGAAAAUCUUCUUUAUGCCCUUGAUGAUUCCUGUUUCACUGAAGAUCAAAUCAAUUCUGGUGAUGAUCGGUAUUCGGUUGGUUGUGAGCAACAACAUCAUUAUGUUGGGGAAGACGAUGACGUACAUAUUACGCAUUCUAUUCUUUCUGGUUUCUCAGGUGAUGAUGGUGCUGCAUCAUCAUGCUUGCUGCAAGAAACCGAUUUUGAUGGCGGUAGUUUUGAUUUUGAAGAUUGCGACUCCUUUAGUUAG